AAGCCAGUGAUGAAGGAGGAUGAUAGUUUCAACAAGCCUGACACAGGGGCUGAGGCUGUUGAAACUGUUGAGGUACAGGUCACAUGCUGAGCAUCAGACAAGCAAGCUUUGUUACUGGCAGGAUGAAGUUUCUGGUGGAGUUGCUUAUUCUGUCUCUUUGGGCAGUUGAGAACAGGUGUACAAUUGUGGAAACCGGGAGAUGGCCACCUGUGCACAUCAGUUUAUUCUAUGAGUCCCUGUGUCCCGACUGCCGUGCAUUUAUGGUAAAUGAACUCUGUCCAACGUGGGCAAGGAUGAAGGAAGUUCUGAACAUCACCUUAAUUUCAUUCGGCAAUGCUGAGGUGAUCCAAGAUGCCCAGGAACGGCAGUUCAGGUGUCAACAUGGGGAGGCCGAGUGCCGCGGAAACAGAAUCCAGAACUGUGUGAUUUAUUACCUGAAGAACACCUCGUCUUACCUGCCAGUGAUUUGCUGCAUGGAGUCAGCGUUUAUUGAAAUGCAGCAGUGUUUACAAGAACAUGCACCAACCGUGACCUGGGAGAACAUCACUGAUUGUGCAGAUGAAGAGCUGGGCUCCCAACUGAUGUAUCAAAGUGCUCAGAGGACCAAUGAACUGGAACCACCACACGACUAUGUCCCUUGGAUUCUGAUCAAUGGGGAGCACUCUGAGGAUAUGCAGCACCAUGCAGAGACUGGCCUCUUGGAUCUGGUCUGUAAGACCUACACAGGUCCACCACCUGUGGUUUGUGAUCAAAGUGCCAGCACCUAACGCUCAAAGCUGGAAACGUAGCCCCUCCGGCUAGUGGGAGCCUUUAAUUAAUGAACCUCACUCUAUCUUCCAUGGUUUUGAACCUUUUUCCGGAUGUUGUGCUAUGUUCUGCAACUCUGAUUUUGAGCAUAUCUGAAUGAAAAUGUUGUUAAUCCAAGGGAAUCUUCAUGCCUUUGACUCAAUUUGUCAGAUUUCUGUGUAUCCCUGAUAUCAUCUUUAUUCUGUAAUGAAAGAAAACAGGAUUUUGAAAGUGUUUUCCUGUAGUGUUUUUUUUUACAAUACACUCAUGAUGGAAAAAUAAAAAC